AUGCUGGCCCUGCUGGUUUUAAGCAAGAGACUUCAUUCUGACAACGGCCUUGGCGUUCUUCAGUUCCGGUCCAACUGGCUUGUCGACCCUGCCACGGGAAGCUACACGGCCUCCAUCCCGUCACCGACAGGUAUACCUGCGGAUCCGGAAUUGACUGCCCAUGGCGUCGACCAGGCCAAGGAGCUGGGCGCCCACCUCCUGACCGUUGAGCCUCCAAUCGACGCAGUUUAUUCCAGCCCCUACUAUCGCUGUCUGCAAACUAUCACGCCCUUUGUUACUCUCAACCAGGAAAACCUCAACCGCCUUCGGGAAAAAGACGUUGGCGCUAAAGCCGAUGCUGUCACCAUUCGUCCCGAACACGGCCUCUGCGAAUGGUAUGGCGCCGCUCCAUUCGAGCACCCGACUCCAGCCUCGAAAGACGUCUUGAAGCCAAUGUUCCCUCACAUCGAUGACACGUAUCAAAGCCGCGUCUAUCCCGCCCGCAACGGUGAGACUAUCGCUCAAUUGCACGACCGUGUCGCUGCUGGUGUUCAAUCCAUCAUUGAGCAAUGCGACGCCCAGGGCCACCGUGCAGUUAUUCUGUGCUCCCACGCUGCCUCGAUUAUUGCUCUUGGCCGAGUCCUUACUGGCGAAAUGCCCGAGAGUAUUGAUGCGGAAGAUUUCCGAGCCUUUACCUGUGGAUUAAGCAUGUACCGGAGAAAAUCACCCUCUUCUUCAGCAAAAACUCCAGGAACCGAUGGUAGGAUUCGAACCCCUACGUCAUCAUCAGGCUAUUGGGGCUCACGGUUGACAAUGGAACCAACAGGCCCAAUCGCGGAUACCAAGUCGUGGAGGAAUGGUCGGGGAGUCGCAGGCGGGUGGAUAUGUGAGCUCAACAGCGAUUGCAGCUUUCUGAGCGGAGGAGAAGAGAGGGGAUGGCGAUUCUCUGGCGACGAGUCCUUUUCCACGGCCGAAAACUCUUCGCAGGCCGACGCUGGAGUGGCGCUCGGCGUGGUGGUGGAAGGAAAAGUGAAACCUGACAAGGUCUCUCCCCACAGAGCUGCAGGUCAUCAUCGUCUCUAG